AUGACAUCAGUGAGUACAUCUUCAGCAUUGAAGCCUACAAAGUCCACCAAGAAAUAUAAAAGUGUCAGGAGGAACACCAAUAUUUACAGGGUCCCUCCGCAGAGUAAUUCAGAUGAAGAUGAAAAUGCAGAAGGAAAGGAGGAGAACAAUGACCCAGAAGCUAUCUUCCAGAACAUACAAAUCCAGAAGGAAGUUGUGUCUAAUAUUCGAUGCAGACCUUGGCCUAUGAGACAGAAGCUCCGAUCACUUAAGCAAGCUAAAGAUAUUGUGUUGAAGUAUGAAGGACGACUUACCAGAACAAGGGGUUAUCAAGCAGCUGGAGCAGAGCUUUGGAGAAAAUUUAGUCGACUGUCUUACAACUUUGUUGUUCUCUUUAUUCCCUGGGAAAUGAGAAUAAAGAAGAUUGAGAGUCACUUUGGCUCGGGUGUUGCCUCAUAUUUUAUCUUUUUACGAUGGUUAUUUGGCAUCAAUAUUGUCCUUACAAUUAUGACUGGAGCCUUUGUGGUGUUACCAGAGAUCCUAGCUGGUGCUCCAUUUGGAACCACUGUCAACAAGAAAAUCCCUGAUAAGGAAAUAUCUUCAGCACAGGACUUGAACACCAUCUGGUCGCUCGGGGGUUAUCUCCAAUACUCUGUGUUAUUUUAUGGCUACUAUGGACGGGAACGGAAAAUAGGACGAGCUGGAUACCGUCUGCCAUUGGCAUAUUUUCUUGUCGGAAUGGCAGUCUUUGCAUACAGUUUCAUCAUACUGCUAAGAAAAAUGGCAAAGAAUUCAAGGCUCAGCUUGGCAAGUGCAUCAGAUGAAAACUACACAUUUUGCUGGAGAAUCUUCUGUGCAUGGGAUUAUCUCAUUGGGAAUCCAGAAGCUGCCGAGAGCAAAUCUGCUGCCAUAGUUAAUAGUAUUAGAGAAGCAAUAUUAGAAGAACAGGAAAAGCGAAAAAGCAACAAUUUGGCAGUUACGAUAAGUCUAAGGAUUCUUGCCAACAUCUUAGUUCUGCUCUCCCUGGCAGGCAGCAUUUACAUCAUCUACUUUGUGGUAGACAGAUCACAAAAACUGGAACGUACAAAAAUAGAGCUAUCACUGUGGGAGAAAAAUGAGGUGAGCGUUGUGGUUUCUCUCAUAACAAUGAUUGCCCCAUCAGCAUUCGAACUUGUAGCUGCUUUAGAAAUGUAUCAUCCGAGGACAACAUUACGAUUCCAGUUGGCAAGGGUUCUGGUUCUGUACCUUGGGAACCUAUACAGUUUAAUCAUUGCCCUAUUGGACAAAGUAAACAGCAUGAGUGAACAUACCGGUAAUGACACGUUCAUAGACGCUGCCCCCCUCUAUGCUACCACUGUGUAUUCUACAGUGACUCCUGCUAUCAGUAUGGACUCAAACGCUACAUUUAUUCUAGAAUUUGAGCAGAACAUCACAAAGCCUUUGGCACUCAUCGACAACCAGACAACACUCUCGGUUGUACCAACCAUUCGUCCACAGAAGAAUGAAUGUUGGGAAACAUAUGUAGGGCAGGAGAUGCUGAAGCUUUCCAUUAUUGAUAUGAUUUUCACAGUGGCCAGUAUCCUUCUUAUUGACUUCUUCCGGGGUCUGAUUGUUCGGUAUUUGAGCGACUGCUGCUGCUGGGACCUUGAAAGCAAAUUUCCAGAAUACGGGGAAUUCAAAAUUGCUGAGAAUGUUCUUCAUCUGGUCUACAACCAAGGAAUGAUAUGGAUGGGAGCAUUCUUUUCUCCAUGUCUACCAGCUUUCAAUGUGUUCAAAUUGAUAGGACUGAUGUAUUUGAGAAGCUGGGCAGUGCUGACAUGUAAUGUUCCACACCAGCAGGUUUUCCGAGCUUCAAGGUCUAACAACUUUUAUCUGGCUAUGCUCCUCUUCAUGCUUUUUCUGUGCAUGCUGCCAACUAUUUUUUCUAUAGUAAGGUAUAAGCCGUCCAUAAACUGUGGACCCUUUAGUGGACAAGAAAAGAUUUAUGACAUAAUUUCAGAAACCAUUGAAGCAGAUUUUCCAGCUUGGUUCAACAAGGUCAUGAGCUAUGUCAGCAGCCCUGUAGUGGUGCUUCCAGCUGUGCUUCUUCUCUUCAUGUUGAUUUAUUACCUUCAGAGCAUUGCAAGAUCAUUAAAAUUCACCAAUAAUCAGCUAAGAGCGCAGAUCCAGACUGAAAGGACUGAAGACAAGAAAAAAGUGUUUCAAAUGGCUGUAGCCCGAUUUCAGAACAAGGAUGGACUAAAUAAAAAACGAGAACAAGACACUGACAUAAUCAGCCAAGAAUCAUCUGUGCACUCUUCAACCCCGCGAAAAAAUGGCAGUGUGGUGAACUUCGAAUCCCCAGGCAGCAAACACAGUCGAAUACAGACUAUCACUCAAUCUGCCCCCCGAGUGGUUGUUCCCCAAAUCCCCAAUGUAAACCUGAGUCCUUCUGUGUCUAAAGUAAAAAAGCAGCAGCAGGCAGAGAACACUUCAAGCAGGCCACCUAGUGUGAAACUAGGAGGAUCAAGCAAUGUCUGCAGAACUAAGAACUACAAUCCAGUAGCGUCUAAGAAGCAAACCGAAGAUGCCCUAUCAGAGCCUUUGUUCAGAAAAGGAAUCAGACAUGUAACACCUGAGCAUCAUGGAUCCAGUGCCCCAAAUGUUGUUUCUCACCGUCCACACACAAGGUAUUUUAUUGUUAAUGAACAUGAGUCUCGAAAGAAAAUCCUACGUUCAACAUCUAGGCUUCCAAGACACUUCCGAAUGGAUGAAACUGGGGACAUAGUGGAGCUAUACCCAAGAAAUGUCAGGAGGUAUGUUGUUCAGACUCCAAGAAGAUCCUACUCACCACACCUCAGUGAAGAAGAAGAGGAUGAACUCCGAAGAGAUUUAAUACGCAAAUCCAACCGGCCCCGUUCGCUAUCAGAUCUUCGACAUAAUCCUCGCUUUUAUAUUGGUGAUCGUACUGACAGUCAGAUUUUAUCAGGCAGGGAUUUAGCACGAAUGCAAUAUAAAUCCUGGGAGGGAGGAUUCCAGGUUGACUCAGAAAAGCCACCACAUCAACGCAAAAAAAUAAAUAUGAGGAACUAUGAUGUUGAGGAACACUUUGUGGAACGCAGGAAAGGAAAGUCAAAGCACAAACUUGAACAUUGCCUUACAGAAUCUGACUCAGUAUCUAAUGCAUCUAGCAGUGACCAGCAAAACAGCAGCACUGACCAGUACAUCCAGGUCAUCCAUAAUAAGGACAAAUAUAUCAAAACGAGUGGAAAAAUAACUAAAAAGAAGUCCAAAGCAACCGCUGACAUAAAUCCCUCUGCAUUUAAUGAACUAAUUUGCUCUAAUGUAUAGGAUUAUAUGUGUCACUUACAUCUGUCUUUCUAUGCAGUAAAUGUUCCACAUAAUAAAACACACCAUCAUAUGCAAAACUAUUCCUAAGGAACCUUCUGCAUAAUCUUGACAUUAUACCAAGUUAACCAGGUAAUUCAUUUUUGUAUUGGUGUGCCAUAUAAAAACUAAGGAAGCUGUCAGCACUUUCACGCUGUUUAAACCACGACCCAACUCUGUGGUCCCCGGCAGCCACUGCCUUCCCACCAUUAAAAGAUCUUUCCAUGUUAAAAUAUAGGAAAAGAUCUAUCAGUCAAGACAUGUA